UUAGUUGAGGUGCAACUUGGAUACGGAAUGAAUCUUGCCGCGCGCUUGGCUCUGCUGAGUCUCCUUCUCACUGCCGUCCUGGCGCAAAGGAGCAGCACAUCGAGAUCGAAUCGUCCACAGGGACGUACCUUGGGUCUGUUGACGCCCCUGCUGCUGGGCCUUGGUGGCGGUGGAUCCCUCUUUGACGUGCCAGUGGCGCCACAGGCGCCUGUGGGCGGCGCUGCAGCCGGAGCAGUUCAGUCGGAUCAGAACUACGGCAGCAGUUAUCCCAGCUACAACUAUAGGCCCAGCUACAAUCCGUACGGAUAUGCGAGCAGCUAUCCAGGCUACGGCUACGGCUACGGCUAUGGCUAUCCGGGAUUCGGUCUGGGAUAUGGAUCCAAUUACUACCGGCCGAGCUACAACUACGGCGGAUAUCAGCGACCCCAGCAAUAUACCGGAAACUACUACGGCUACAGGCCAAACUACAGCGGAGGAGGAGCAGCGGGCGCUGGCUAUCCCUCGUAUGCCAGCUACGGCAGUGCAGCCGGAGUUUCUGCCUCGCCCGGGGCAUCUGCAUUGGGAGUGGGUGCUGGAGCGGGACCUGCAGCUGGAGCUGGAGCUGGAGCGGGGAGUCCACAGCUAUCCACCGAACAGACAGCACAGCUGGCCGGACUCUUGGGCCAGGCCCUCGGCAGUAGUCUGCGCCCAUACUUGGCCAACGGGGGCGGAGCGGGCGGAGCAGCAGCAGCAGCGGGCGGCGGUGCAAAUCCACAAGCACUGAGCGGCCUGCUGGGUCUGCUCGGCUAGGCCUUAAGUCACUCAGUAUUAACGAUGUCCGAUCGACAGUUACGAGCAUGGUGGGUGGGUCUUCCCAUAAAGAUCACAUUGUUAAAGCUUAGCGUAA